AUACCGGCCAUUGUGGCUCUUGCGUCACUAUUCUCAUCGCGGAAUGACCUUCCCCCUUGCUUGAGCCACAAUGUCGUCGGUUUCCUUGACGCUGUUUGAAGAAGCACUGGAUGUGAAAAAACAGCGCCAUUUCUGUCGGCGUCCAUGAUACAUACUGCGAUGCUACCGCAGCGGAUUCCAGAGCUCCAGCUCGGAUCGGCAGCGGGAGAGAAGUAGCCGCUCCCCUUUCGCUGCACGGCAGGUUGUGCCGGUGAAGUAAGAAGUAACACCAGUAUGGACUCUUCCAACUAAGACGCAAACACACUGUGUGUUUUGCUCAACAGCAUAAGCCAUGCCUGACGAGUAAACCCCCCUUUUUUUGCUCAAAGCAAUAAAAAAAAAAAAACAGAAAACAUCCUACAUGCCUCCCCAUGUAGAGCCCCUUCAGUGCAUCCUGCUGGAGUGACUGCCCCCUUUCCCAAGGUUCUGCCUCAUCCUCUCUCCGUACCCUUCUCCACCGAUCACCCUUCAGUAACUUCCCAUCACAAUGCUGCUCCACCUGAGAAUGGCCUAUACCUGAGGUCUCAUGCGUCCAGUGAGCACCGAUUCAGACGGUCCUGCUCCUCCUGAAAAUCUCUCUUGCCCCUACCCCCUCGUGGGCCCCCUGCCUGCCUCAGAGAUGUCCCUGCUCCAGUCGCUGGGUCCAGUGCAAAGCUGGCUCGGUCAGGAGCUUGAGAAGUGCGGGAUCGAUGCCAUGAUUUACACCCGCUAUGUUCUCAGCCUUCUCCUGCACGACAGUUACGACUACGACCUGCAGGACCAGGAAAAUGACAUCUUCUUGGGCUGGGAGAAGGGAACUGGGAAGAAAUGGGGCAAGAGCAAGAAGAAAGGAGGGACAGACCUGAGUCUUGAGGAAAUGAAGAAGCAAGCUGCUGUGCAAUGCCUCCGCUCUGCAUCUGAUGAAAACUCUGGAAUUGAGAGCCUGGUUGAAGAGCUUUGCUCUAAACUAAAGGACAUCCAAAACAAACAGAAAGAGGAAAAACAGAUUAAAAAGAAAUCUGAUGGCGCUCAGUCUCCAGAGCGAGCUGAGUCCCCCUCUUCAAAGGACCAGGUGGAAAUGUAUUAUGAAGCCUUCCCUCCUUUGUCAGAAAAACCUGUUUGUCUCCAAGAGAUCAUGACGGUGUGGAACAAGGCUAAGGCCUGCGCUUACUCGAGUUCAUCAUCUUCCGCAGCCCCACAGACCAGCACGGACACCUCCUCCCCAAAAGAUUGCAACAGCGAAGGUGAAGCUGCAAAAGAGCGAAACCCAGAGGCAUGCAGUACCAUCACUACUGUGACCAACGAGAGAGCCCAACAGCGACGAAGCAAGAAGGAGAAAGAAAACAGAUACCAUGGUGGGGCAGCAGCAGAGGAGAAGUCUACCGUCCACUCCAAGAGACAGACCAGACACAGAUCUGAGGGCAAAUACAGACCCAGAUCCUGGUCUUCUGGCUCCAGCGAGGCGGGCUCAAGCUCAAGUGGGAACCAGGGUGACUCCAAGUCAUCUAGGACCAAGGCAGUCAGAAUAAGGCACAAAUCGAGGGAGGCUGCUAAGAAUAAGAGAACACGCAACAGUGGGCAAGUGAAGCUUCAGAUGAAGGUCAUUGACAAAGAUGAGCGAAGAAAUGCAGGAGGGAGCAGUAGCAGUGCCACAGGAGGAGCUGCCAAACAAACACAGCUUUAUAAAAAGGGGAAGCGCCCGCUGAAGGAGAUUCGUAAAGAUCCUGGCUGGAAGGAAGCGAAAGAGUCCGGAGUUGAGGGAAUAAACAAUAAGGAAUACAUGGAAGAGCCGCUUUGGUACACUGAGCCCAUCACAGAGUAUUUUGUACCUUUCAGCAGCAGACAGAGCAAGCUGGAAACAAAAUAUCGAAGCAAGGUAGACUCUCCUGAUGGCUUUGCUUUGUCAGCCGACAUGGAGAGGCUGCCGGAGAGAUUCCAGGGAAUCUGCAUUGCUAACGAGAGCUACCAGAGAGCGUACCUAGCAGCAGGCUCGUUUGUGGAUGGGCACUUUGUGGAAGGGCCUGGCGAGGCAGAAGAUGAACCUGCUGAACUCACUGGGACCUCAAGCUGCCCUCAGCCCGAGGAUAGUAGAGAUUUAGAUGACAAGCAUCUGUCUGAAUUCACUCACUUCUAUGAAGUGGAUAUUUAUCAAUCCAUAUUGGAUACUAGUGCCUCAGACUCGAUACAAGAGAGUCGGAUCCUAAGCAUGAUUCGACAAAAAAGCAAAGAGCAAAGAGACGUUGAGGCAGAAUGUUGUUUAGUGUUAGAUGGCCUUGAGCAGCAAGGGAAAAGUGCAAUACGGGCAGACUCACAGGAAGCUUCGGGAUCUGUUGGAUUCUUAAUGGAGGAUCUCGAAACCAUGGCUCAAGUGUGGGGAUGUUAUUCACCAUCCACUUCAGAAGAUAUAGACGGAGAGAGCUUCAUCGGAGACUCUCCCAUCCGGCUCUCUCCCCUCCUCGAUAGUGUUUCAUUCACCCUGAGCAAACUAUCUGGGCAUCUGGAGGAGCCGGCUGUUCCUGAAGCCACCAGUGAACCUUCUGCUUUGAACUCAUCCUGCUUCUCACUUUUUGAGCUGCAGUAUGACAGCCCCACUUUUCCUUUUCCCCGCGACUCACUCACCGUUGGUCACGAAAACAACACAGAUUCUAGUAGCUGUCUCGACCCCAAUUCUAAUAAACAGUCUCGUUUGCUAAUAUGGACCAAAAAUAGUGCCUUUGACGAAACUGAACACUGUUCGAACCUUUCAACGCGAACUUGCAGUCCGUGGUCACAUUCGGAGGAGACUCGUUCAGAUAACGAGCAAGGAAAUGUUCCAACAGAGGAUGCUGCUCAUAUUGGCAACGAAGAGAUUGAUUGUAUAAUCCCUCCUCUCUCUGGUACAUAUCUGGAGGAUGAAAUCUUGGAGUUUUUGCAGGAAGACUCUGCGCGUAAGUGUGAGGAGGUCAGUGUUAAGACAGCGUCCAAUCAGACCUUCACCAAAAAGUCUAAAUUGGAGUCCAUUUGUGGCAUAGCAUUGGAAAAGGACGAGAGUAAACAGUACAGCACUGGCAUGUUUUCGGACACCACAAACCAACACAGUGAUGACUACAGCUCAGGGAUAAUAAAGGACAUUUGGACUGCAAUAGGAGAUGACAAAUCUGAAAUGGUAAGGAAAGGAGCAGAGAAACCGAGUGAGGGGCUAUUCUCAGAUGAGUCAGGCGGUUACUGCUGCAGCUGUCUGGAGGUGCAGGCAAAAGCAGGUCCGAUUCAAGGACCUCAGAAAAAAGCAGUGCAGAGAUCAGAGUAUCACCUGUGGGAAGGCAAGAAAGAAGAACAGGACUUAGCCAAAAACAAACUCUGCAAGGUGGAUGCUGCCGGGGAUUAUAUGACUCCGUCCAAGCCCUGGGACUUAAACUCUGAGAAGGAGAGCACAUCAUUCAUCCUGGGAGGGGUGUAUGGAGAGCUGAAGACACUAACUGGCGAUAAGAAUUGGGCAGUUGUGCCGCCAAGUGACGCCCAAGAAAGCCUGCUAACAUGUGCCGCUGCAGCUGCUUCUGCUUCUAGCUCAGACAUGCUCACCAUCACUGGAAAGGAUGUGCUGAUGAAAGCUGGCAGCUGCUUUGCUCCUGGCCACAAGCCCCUAUGGAGGCCUCUUGUGUCCUUUGGGCAGAGUGACCAGGCCAUCAGAGGAGGAGGGGAUGGAUUGAAUAAGGGAUUUUCUUUCAUCUUCCAUGAAGAUUUGCUCGGAUCUUACGGAGGCUUGCAUAGUGAGGAGCAAGGUUUGGAAUAUCCCUUCACAUCAUUCAACCUGAACAAUCCCUUCUCCCAAGUCCUCCAUGUCGAGUGUUCCUUUGAGCCUGAAGACAUGGCCUCGUUCAGUCCGGGGUUCAAGCCCAAAUCUAUUCUUUGCUCGGACUCUGAGAAUGAAGCCUUCCAUCCUAGAAUAUAUGGCAUCAACAGGACACAGUACAGGGCCAUCCGCAUUUCCCCCAGGACUCAUUUCCGACCAAUAUCGGCCUCAGAGUUGUCUCCUGGUGGAGUGAGUGAUUCAGAGGCUGAGACUGACAAAGAGGAGAUGAGUUUUCCCGUCCUGGCCCCGGUGGACGUCUUUGAUGAUCCUCAGGCCGACCUCAAACCACUCGAGGAGGAUGCAGAAUGUGAGGGCCCUUAUUACGGGAAGUCAGAACUGGAAUCUGGUAAAUUCUUACCCAGAUUAAAGAAGUCUGGCAUGGAGAAGAGUGCUCAGACCUCUCUGGAUUCACAGGAGGGUUCAAGUACCCUCCUGCCGAUCGCUGAGCAAGAGAUUUGCUUAGACUGCAAAACGGCAGCAGCUGCUUCAACUGCAGGUGGAGAGACGGGCGUCUCAGUCUGCAAGAUUCAAAAGGAGGAAUCUUCAGGAGAAAAAGUGUCCUGCUUAUGUGCACCAGCAGGUCAGAUCCCCAAGUCUGGGAUCAAUUAUGACUUUGUUGGAGAAAUGCCAGAGUUCCCUCUGUUAAAUGUUAGUGGACAGGGAGGAACUGGCAACCAGCAGGACGAGAGCUGGUGGCAGAACACACUCUGUUCCCCCCUUUUCCCUGGAUCUCAGUGUACAGGGAGCAGCAACAUUUGAAUACUCCAGUUUUGCAGAGGACACCUGUCGUUAGAGGGGAAACCUUCCUCUCUCCUUUUGUGACUGGACCUCUACUGUACCAGCAAAGAUUCAGGGUCAUCUCAGAGCUGGGAAACCUAAUGUAGGCUAAUUUUUCUGAGAACACCCACCCAAAAAACACCCCACACAUAACCCUGCUGGUUUUUCAUUUACUAACUUACAACCUCGUGUAAUCAAAUCAAAUCA